CUCCCUCUCUCUCUUUUUCUCUUUCUCUUUCUCUUUCUUUCUCCCCCCCUCUUUCUCUUCGACAUCCGACUCCCUGCCAUGAGCUCCUUACAAGCACUUGCCCAGCCCUUGCUGGACUUUGUACAACCCAUCGCCCUCUCGCCCCUGAACAUUGGCGUGCAAAUCACAGCGGUCGCCCUGCCUUGCCUCCUCCUCUCAGAAACCGCCAAUUCCACACUCGGCCGCUGGAUCUUCAAACCCCUGGCCUCUCUCGGCUUCAUUGUCGCCGCCUUGUCCUACAUUCCCAACAAUGCCACAUCCUUUGCAGCAUCCCAAAUAUCUACGCUCACGUCGUUCUCCACCUUGUCCGAGAUCUCAGACAUGAUCGCCGCCACAGGCGUUUCAGGCCUGCUCACAGCAUAUGCAGGAGAGCUUAAGCACAUCCUUUUCAACGUCGCACCUGCGGUUAUGACCGAAGGCUUCCAUACUACCUAUACAAGGGCCAUGAUGGGCGCCUUUGUGCUCGGUUACAUUGGCGAUGUUCUCCUGAUCCCUGCAUGGGGAUUCUUGCCGGGUCUGGCCAGUUUUCUGGCUGGCCAUGCAGCCUUCAUGGUCGCCUUUACGAUCCACGGCCAGGAUAUGACUGCGAGACAAAGGGGAUUGGGAUUCGUUGUCGCCAUGGCUGCCACGGUGGGACCCUGGUUGUUGCCAAAGAUCAAGGACAAGGUCAUGCGUGGCGCCGUGGUUGCGUACAUGCUUGUGAUCAGUGGCAUGGUUUUGACCGCAUUUGGAAGCGUCAAUUCAGGGCAAGACUACCUGCCCGAGCGCAUCGUUGGCGCCCUCAUGUUCUUCUUCUCCGACCUCUUUGUCGCCCGUCAACAAUUCGUCCACCAGACCACGUUCAACAAGUGGAUCGGACUGCCUCUUUACUAUGUUGCCCAGCUCCUGCUCGCUUCAACCCUUCGUAGCCAGCAUGUCCUGAAUUGAAACUACAUAUAGAGUCAA